AUGAAGGAAUCCACCCCGAUGCCAGUCGGUUACUACUUUGACUUCGCUAGGGCUAGAUUGUUUGAAUCUACAAGUUGUGUCUACAAGUUGUGGCCGAAAAUUAGGCUGAGAUUAGGGGGCACGGCGUCCCGGCAGAAGGGCUUCCGGGGCUGCAUCCGCUCCCUGCAGCUGAACGGCGCCCCGCUGGACCUGGAGCAGCGGGCCCGGGUCACGCCGGGGGUCCGGGCGGGCUGCCCCGGCCACUGCAGCAGCUACGGGGGGCUGUGCCGGCACCAGGCGCGCUGCCUGGAGAGGGCUAGCGGCUUCCACUGCGACUGCAGCCAAACGCCCUACGCCGGGGCCUUCUGCAGCACAGGGGCUGGAGGCUGGUCCCCUCUCGUCUCAGACGAGUACCAGUGGCUUGAGGUGGACUUUGGCGAGCGCACAAAGGUCGCCGGCGUGGCCACGCAGGGCCGCUACGGCAGCUCCGAUUGGCUGGCGUCCUACCUGCUGAUGUUCAGCGACACGGGACACAACUGGAGGCAGUACAGGCAGGAGGACAGCACCGGGUCUUUUCCAGGCAACAGUAAUGCGGACAGCGUGGUCCAGUACAAGCUGCAGCAGCCGGCCGUGGCCCGCUUCCUCCGCCUCGUCCCUCUGGACUGGAACCCCAGCGGCCGCAUCGGCCUCCGCCUGGAGGCCUACGGCUGCCCCUACACCUCCGACGUGCUGAGUUUGGACGGCGGCGGCGGUGGUGGUCUGGUGUACAGGCUGAGUCCCGGGACUAACCCUAACCCGGCGCCCGGAGAUGUUUUGGCUCUGAAGUUUAAAACCCCGAGGAACCGCGGAACGCUGCUGCGGCUGGAGGCCAAAGAUGGACGGCUUCUGAGUUUGGAGUUAGAGAGAGGAAAACUACAGCUGCUGCUCAGAAAAGGCGGGAGUCCGUCCUCUGAACCCCGACACCUCGCCUCUCUGGGCAGUUUGCUGGACGAUCAGCAUUGGCACCACGUGGCGCUGGAGUGGCGCGGCCUCCAUCUAAAUCUGACCGUGGACAAACACGCGGAGAGGGUUCGGAUCCCCGCGGGGCUCAGCGACGGGGAUGUGGAGCAGCUGAGCGUGGGGUCCGUUCAGGGGUUCGGCUCCAGCCAAUCAGACGUCUCAAAGAGGAGCUUCCAUGGCUGCCUGGAAAACCUGCUGUUCAAUGGUCUCAACCUGAUAGAGCGAGCUAAACAGGAAGACGGCAAAGUCACAGUGGUGGGAAACGUCACUUUUUCCUGCGCGGAGCCCGUCUCCGUGGCAUUCAGGACCUGGGACCGGGCCGGCCUCCUGCUCACCUUCGGCCUCCCCCCGGAGGGAGGCGUGGUCUGGCUGUACCUGAGCCAGGCCAGGCUUCAGCUGCAGGUCCACAGGGGAGGCCGGACCCUGCUGGAACUCAGUACAGGGUCCGCCCUUAACGACGGUCAGUGGCAUUCGGUGGAGCUGACCUCGAGGCGGGGUCGACUGACCGUGUCCGUGGACAAAGAGGAGGCACAGGCCAGCCCAUCGUUUCCAGUCACUGCAGAGAGUGACCUCUUCUUCGGAGGUUGUCCCUCUCAGGCCGGCGGUCAGGAAUGCAGAAACCCGUUCGAGGUCUUCCUGGGCUGCAUGCGUCUGCUGACGGUGGACGGCCAGAGCAGAGACCUGAUCCUGGUGCAGCAGAAGCAGCUGGGAAACUACAGCAACCUGCAGAUCGACAUGUGUGGCAUUAUAGACAGGUGUUCUCCCAGUCGCUGUGAGCACGGCGGCCUCUGCUCUCAGUCCUGGACCGGCUUCAGCUGCAACUGCUCCCACAGCGGCUACACGGGCGCCACCUGCCACAGCCCUGUGUACGAGCAGUCCUGCGAGGCCUACAAACACAACGGGAACUCGUCGGGGUUUUUCUACAUCGACGUGGACGGCAGCGGCCCAAUAGGACCACAGCUGGUGUUCUGCAACAUGACAGAGCAGAACACGUGGAUGGAGGUCCGGCACAACAACACCGAGGUGACCAGACUUCGGCCGUCUCCCGGCGUUGACCAGCACUGGGUCCACUUGGGCUACCCGUCGGGGGAGGAGCAGCUGGCGGCCGCCAUCGGCCAGUCGGCGCACUGCGAGCAGGAGCUGACCUACCACUGCAGCAAGUCCCGCCUCCUCAACACUCCAGAGGGCUCCCCGUUCAGCUGGUGGCUCGGCGGUCCCAGUCCCGGCCGGGUCCAGACCUACUGGGGGGGAGCUCACCCGGGCAGCCGGCAGUGUGCCUGCGGCCUGCGGGGCGACUGCGUGGACCCCCAGCACUACUGCAACUGCGACGCCGACCGCCUGGAGUGGACUGAGGACUCGGGUCUGCUCACCCAUAAGGAGAGUCUGCCGGUCAGGUCUCUGGUGCUGGGGGACGUUAAGAGGGCCGGAUCAGAGGCAGCCUACAGGGUGGGACCGCUCCGUUGUCAUGGAGACAGGAACUUCUGGAACGCAGCGUUUUUCGACAAGGAGACGUCCUACCUGCACUUCCCCACCUUCCAUGGCGAGCUGAGCGCCGACAUCUCCUUCCUGUUUAAGACCACCGCCUCCUCUGGGGUGUUCCUGGAAAACCUGGGAAUCAAGGACUUCAUCCGCAUCGAGCUGAGCUCCUCCACACAGGUGGUGUUCUCCUUCGAUGUGGGGAACGGCCCGCUGGAGGUCCGCGUGGAGUCCGACGUCCCGCUGAACGAUAACCGGUGGCACCGGGUACGGGCCGAGCGGAACAUCAAGGAGGCGUGGCUUAAGGUGGACGGGCUGCCGGCGGCCGUCCAGGAGGCUCCGGCCGACGGGCACUUCCACCUGCAGCUCAACAGCCAGCUCUUCAUAGGGGGCACGGCGUCCCGGCAGAAGGGCUUCCGGGGCUGCAUCCGCUCCCUGCAGCUGAACGGCGCCCCGCUGGACCUGGAGCAGCGGGCCCGGAUCACGCCGGGGGUCCGGGCGGGCUGCCCCGGCCACUGCAGCAGCUACGGGGGGCUGUGCCGGCACCAGGCGCGCUGCCUGGAGAGGGCCAGCGGCUUCCACUGCGACUGCAGCCACACGCCCUACGCCGGGGCCUUCUGCAGCUCAGAGGUGUCGGCCAGCUUCAAGCCGGGAACCUCGGUCAGCUACACCUUCAGGAAUCCCGUUGAGCCGGGUGGAAACGGCAGCGCCCCGCCCUCCUCCGUCCCCCCCGACGGGUCCCUGAGGGGGGAGAACAUGUCCCUGAGCUUCAGGACCAGCCAGAGUCCGGCCCUGCUGCUCUAUAUCAGCUCCAACCACGGCCAGUACCUCGCCCUGCUCAUCAACAAGCACGACAAGCUGGAGGUGAGAUAUAAGCUGGACAGUGGCAGAGAUCCGGAGGUGUUGAGGAGCGGCGUGAGGAGCCUGGCCAGCGGUCAGCUGCACUCCCUGACCAUCAGGAGACUGUCACACACUGUGUCUGUGCAGGUCGACCAACACCCCAGAGAAGACUUCAACCUGACAUCUGACGGAGAGUUUAAUGCCUUAAAGUCGCUGGUCCUGGGCAGAGUGCUCGAGUUCGAUGACCUGGAUCCGGACCUGGCCCGGUUGGCGUCCCUGGGCUUUUCCGGCUGUCUGUCCGUGGUCCAGUUCAACGGCGUCAGCCCGCUGAAGGCGGCGCUGCUCCACCGGGACUCCGGCCCCGUGGUGGUCUCCGGACCCCUGACCCGGUCCAGCUGCGGCUCGCCGGACGCCUCCGGCCCCGACGCCAGCGAGAACACGCACCACCUGACAGACCAGUCUGGUUCUGUGGGUUCAGGUCAACCUUUAGUCAAUGCCAUCAGGACCGACUCGGCUCUGAUCGGAGGAGUCAUAGCCGUGGUCAUCUUCCUGACCGUGAGCGGCCUGGCCGUCGCCGGCAGGUUCCUCUACCGGAGAAAGGACACCUACCGGAACCAGGACGGGAAGGGGGUCAAGCGGGAGGACAGUCCCGAUUUCCCCUUCGGCAGCCAGGCCGGUUCCCAGAACCUCUCCUCCGAAAACCCCAAGGAGUACUUCAUCUAG